UCCCGCGAAUGCUGAAACAUCAACAAAGCUUUAUGAAAAAGUGUCAUUUUUUCAUAUUUUAGAAACGUCAUUUCUGUGAAAAAAGGCUUAGUUAAUGGCAACGAAGCGGAGCUGUAGUAAUGGAGGAAAGCGUUCUUCAAAACGGCAGCGUACCGAAGAGAAUGGAGUUCAAAAUGACAGCGAUAUGUCGGACGAGGACAAUGGCACUAUAAGUGCUAACCAUGUCAAUAAUUGCUCCCAAAACCCUGGUUUUAGUAUACAAGAGCCUACCAAUGAGGCUGAUGUUGGUAUUAUUGAAGAAAUUAUUCUUCAGAAUUUCAUGUGUCAUUCCCAUCUCAGAGUUCCCCUAUCACCAAGUGUUAAUUUUAUCAUUGGACGAAAUGGAAGUGGUAAAAGUGCUAUAAUGACUGCUAUUGUGGUUGGUUUGGGUGGUAAGGCUUCAAAUACUAACAGAGGAAACUCUUUGAAAGGAUUUGUCAAAGAUAAAUGCAGUACGGCAGUUAUCAGGAUCAAGUUGAAAAAUUGUGGACAAGAUGCAUUCAAACCACAAGAGUAUGGAGAACAUAUCAUUGUUGAGAGGAGAAUUUCAAGUGAUGGUGUUGGAUCUUAUAAACUAUCAAAUGCAAAUGGAAAUAUUGUGUCAACCAAAAAGGCAGAAUUGAGUCAUAUACUUGAUCAGUUUAAUAUUCAGAUUGAUAAUCCUGUCUCAAUUUUGAACCAAGAUACUAGUAGAAAUUUCUUAUAUGCAUCUGAUCCUGGAAAGAAAUAUAAGUUUUUCUGUAAGGCAACACAACUGGAGCAAAUGAACAAUGAUUAUUUGACCAUACAAGAGCAUCAGAGAAUAAUGUCAAUCACUUUGGAAAAAAAACAAGAGACUCUUCCUGAGAUGGAAAACGAAGUGAACAAACUUCAGGAAAAGUAUCGAGAUUUAGAACAGUUGAAGGUUCUUGAAGGAAAAAUUGAUGAUUUGAAGAAAGAAAUUGCCUGGGCUCAGGUUUAUGAGAAAGAAAAGAAACUCAAGCCGAUUGUUGCAAAUAUCAAUUCUGAGAAGGAGAGACUGCCGAGAUAUGAUGAAAGACUUCAAGAGUGUGAGACCAACAUUGCACAAAUGGAGGCAAAUUGGGGUGAAGUGAAGACUGAAAUGGAUACGAUCUCCAGUGAAAGCGACCAGCUGACAGUUCGUCAAGAAAGCAUCAACAAAGAAGUAAAAAAAAUGAGAGAUAUUGUCAAAAUACACCAGAAUGAGCUGAAAAAGAUGGAAAGAGAAUUGAAUAAUACCGAGAGAGAGAGAAACGAGUUACAGCAACGAAUAAAGGAUAUAACGUCGAAUGCAAUGAAAGAUAUUGAGUCAGAACGUCUUGAAAGAGAACGAUCGCUUCAAGAAAAGAGAGAGAAUCUCCAAUCAAUUCAGUUCCAACUUAACACAACCAACAACCACAAGAACCAAGUGGAACAGAAUGUCGCGCGCUCCACUAAUGACCUCUACCAACUGAGAAACGACACAAACGAUGCAAAAAAGAACGUUGAACAAGCCCAGAGAAAGUUGAGUUCACUACGCGAUGGACAGAAGAACAGUUUAAAAAGAUUUGGUAGCAAUGUUCCUGAGCUGUUACAAAGGAUUGAGACGGCAGUAAGAAGAGGACGUUUUAAUAAGACACCAAAGGGACCUAUUGGUGCUCGCAUAAAGCUGCGUGCUGAACGCUGGGCUGUGCCUGUUGAAACAUGUCUUAAAUCUUUGGCGUUCGCAUUCUGUUGCAAUGACACAAAUGAUGCCAAUGUUUUGAGAGAUCUGAUGAAAGGAAUUUAUGAACGUAAUAGAACGCCACAAGUUAUCGUCUCUAAGUUUCAGGAUGAGUAUUAUGAUAUCUCAAUGAAUAAACCUCAUUGUAAUUAUCCAACUGUCUUGGACGUCUUACAAAUUGAUGAUCCUGUCGUGUUCAACUGCAUUGUGGAUCAAACGGCUGCUGAAUGUGUUCUUUUAAUCGAAGAUCCGGUAGAAGCGAGAGACGUUAUGUUCAACAACACUCCUCGAAACGCUAGAAUGGCAUUUGCUGGAAACGGGGAUCAAAUUUUCGGUGGUAGAAGUGCCAAGUCGUAUGCCUACACUGGCAGUGGAAGCAGCUAUCUGAAGGGAAAUAUCGAUGAUCAAAUAAGGCGGGUCCAAGCUCAGCUCGAGGAAGAGACUGGCAGAUAUGAUCAGUUGAAGGCUGACCACAAUGUCCAAGAAAAAGCUUUACGAGAACUUCAAGUGGAGUUGAAGAAAAAUAAAAUAAAAAGCAUGAAGGAACAAGAUGUUUAUAACAAAAUACUGCAGGAAAUAACAGAGCUGGAACAAUUUGAAGAAGAACCUGUUCCUGAUGUCACAGUGCUGCAAGAUGAUGUUAAUACUUUGACGCAACAGAUCGACGGUAUUAUUGCUGAAAACGACAACAAAACAAAGGAGUUUUUACAAGCAAGAAAAUCUUAUGAAGAAAAGUCUAACGAGUCGGAUGCGCAUAAGGCCAAGAUUCAGGACGUAAUUGGCAAAGCUGAACCACUGACAUUAAGAUUAAACGUCAUCGAAGCGGAGCUUGCCACAGCCAAAGGUCACCGAAAACAUUACCAUGAUAAAAAAGCUGAAUUGUUGAAGAAAAUUUCAAAUAUGGAAGCCGAAUUGCUAGGGUUGACCGAGGACGCUGAGAAUGCUGCGAGAAUGGCGGCCCAGUAUUGUACUCGAAUACAAACUAGGAGGACUGUGAAGAGUUUAGAAAGUGAGAUCUCUCAGACUGAACGACGAUUGCGAGCUGAACAACAAACACGUGGUCAGAUUGAGGAGAUUACCAAGCAGUAUACAGAGGCGAAAGAACGUCUUAACAACGUGAAUAUCAGCAUGAAAAGCUUAAAAGUUCUGUGCAAGAAUCUGGGUAAAAUGUUGGAGGAACGCGUUCAGGUGUAUGCCACGUAUAGAAAAUUAAUAGCACUGCGAGCAAAUAUGCACUUCCAAAUGAUGCUGUCGCAACGUGGAUAUACAGGGAGAAUGAAACUUAAACACAAGGAAGAAGAGCUACAUUUACUAGUCGAUGUGGAUCAAACAUCGAAAGAUGGUACUAAAAGUACAAAGUCGCUUUCAGGAGGAGAGAGAUCUUUCUCAACUGUAUCAUUUAUUAUGGCGCUUUGGGAUGCCAUGGAAGCACCUUUUAGAUGUUUGGAUGAAUUUGAUGUUUUUAUGGAUAUGGUAAAUCGUCGAAUCAGCAUGGAAUCGAUUAUGAAAGUUGCAAAAGAACAGCGACAUCGACAGUUCAUAUUGCUAACUCCACAGGAUAUGAGUAAUGUUGGCCAGAAUGAAAGAACGAAAAUAUUCAGACUUCAAGAUCCAGAAAGAGGUCAGACCACAUUGCCAUUCCAACCUGUGAAUUCAUAACCAAAAACACUGCAUAUUUUCCAUUUUUUGGCGUAAAUGAACAUGAAGAUAUAGUGAAAGAUUUAUGGUAUAAAAAUUAUAAAAAUAUCUCAAAGUUUUGUUAAUAACGGUUAGAAAAUUU